AUACCCAGAAAAAUGUACAGAGUUUGGUUGGUGCUGCUCCACCUGAGCUUGGCUCUCAUCCCCAACCUGUGCUUCCUGUGCUCGGCCUGCAUGCGGCGCUGCAGCCCUCUCUUCUCUCCUCCUCCUCCUCCUUCUCCUCCACUCCUGUCUGUGAGAGGCUUCCCCCACUAUAAAGCUGUGAGAGGCGGCUGGAGGCUGUAAAGGCUCUCCAGCAGCCAGAGGAGGAGGAGGAGGAGGAGGAGGAUGAAGCUGUGUGUCCGUCAGCGUGGAGCUGAUCUCAGUUCAGUCUGUCUGAGCUGAAACUGGAAACUUUCUGAUGCUUUUCUCACUCCGGAGCUUCUUCUUCAUGUAUCUCUGAGAAGGCUUCCUGUCCCGCCUCCACCAUGAGUGACAUCUACGAGUCAGCGGCCAACUCUCUGGGUUUGUUCAGCAAUCCCUGUCUCACCAAAGUGGAGCUGAGGCUCACCUGCAAAGGGAUCUCAGAUCGAGACGCUCUGUCCAAACCCGACCCCUGCUUCGUACUCAAGAUGAAGUCCCACGGACAGUGGAUGGAGGUGGACCGGACGGAGGUGAUUCGCAGCUGCGUAAACCCCACCUACUCCAAGGUCUUCACAUUGGACUUUUAUUUUGAAGAGGUGCAGCGUCUGCGUCUCGAGCUGUAUGACAUCAACAGCAACCACAACGGCCUGAGAGAGGCCGACUUCCUGGGCUCAGUGGAGUGCACGCUGGGACAGAUCAUCUCUCAGAGGAAACUCUGUAAAGCUCUGCUCAGACCAGGAGGCACCGUGGGGAAAGCCAUCAUCACGAUCACAGCAGAGGAGCUGACAGGGAACGACGACUACAUCGAGCUCUCGUUCAGCGCCAGGAAACUGGACGACAAGGACUUCUUCAGUAAAUCCGACCCUUUUCUAGAGAUCUACAGAAUGAACGAUGACGCCACGCUGCAGCUCGUCUACAGAACCGAGACGGUGAUGAAUAAUCUGAACCCGGUGUGGAAAACCUUCAAAGUUUCUCUCAACUCGCUCUGCAGCGGAGACCAUGAACGCAAGCUGCAGUGUACCGUGUGGGACUGGGACUCAAACGGGAAACACGACUACAUCGGCGAGUUCGAGGCCACGUUCAAAGAGAUGAAAGGAGCCAUCGAUGGACGACAGGUGCAGUGGCCGUGCAUAAAUUCCAAAUACAGAGUGAAGAAGAAGAAUUACAAGAACUCCGGGAUCGUCAUUCUGAACCAGUGCAAGAUCAUCAAGAUGCACUCCUUCCUGGAUUACAUCAUGGGGGGCUGUCAGAUCCAGUUCACAGUAGCCAUCGACUUCACGGCGUCUAACGGAGAUCCUCGAAACAGCUGCUCUCUGCACUAUAUCCACCCGUACCAGCCCAACGAGUACCUGAAGGCUCUGGUGGCGGUGGGUGAGAUCUGCCAGGACUACGACAGUGACAAAAUGUUCCCGGCGUUCGGCUUCGGGGCUCAGAUCCCUCCUGACUACAAGGUCUCCCACGACUUUGCGGUGAAUUUUAACGAGGAGAACCCGGAGUGUGCAGGUAUCCAAGGCGUGGUGGAGGCCUACCAGGCCUGCCUCCCCAAGCUGCAGCUCUACGGUCCAACCAACAUCGCUCCCAUCAUCCAGAAGGUGGCCAACUCCGCCUCGCAGGAGGUCCACACCAAAGAGGCCAUGCAAUACUUCAUCCUGCUGAUCCUGACGGACGGCGUCAUCACCGACAUGGCCGACACCAGGGAGGCCAUCGUCCAGGCCUCCCACCUCCCGAUGUCUGUCAUUAUUGUUGGGAUCGGGAACGCCGACUUCAGCGACAUGCAGAUGCUGGACGGCGACGACGGGAUCCUGCGAUCGCCCAAAGGAGAGCCCGUCCUCCGGGACAUCGUCCAGUUCGUCCCCUUCCGCAACUUCAAACAUGCGUCUCCAGCUGCUCUGGCUAAGAGUGUGUUAGCAGAGGUGCCCAACCAGGUGGUUGACUACUACAACAGCAAGGGCAUCAAGCCCAAAGUGCCCAGCGAGUACCAGUCUUCCAGGAAGUUCGGCCCCUGAGCGCCGCCGCCACGGCUGCCUCCGGACAGCACAACCUCUCCUGGACUGAAAAACAUGUUUACUGUCUUUUGUUCUUUGUUGAUGCGGAUGUUAAAGGUGCUACAUGCAACAUUUCACCACAAAGAAGUGUCUCAUUUUAAAAUAUUAAUGUGAUCACAACAAGAAGCCUCCACACUGGGAGGGAUUUUACAGGUUGGACAAACAGGAAGUUUUGCUGGAUUGCUUUAUGGCAUAAAACAGCUAGACGGUGUUUCAGGUGUAGCCUAGCUGCUGGUCACAGAAGUGCUACAGUAGUUAAGAUGCUCUCACGGGGGAAACAUAGCCAAGUCAGAUAUCUUCGCGUCAUACGACGACAGUGGAUAUACCAUAACAGACAGAGGACGCAGUCAAAGUAGCUGAGAUGUGCCAAUUCAAAAAGCAAUGUGAUAAAAUGGGUACUUUUCCAAAGUAUCAACGAAGGGAGCGGGGCAUCCUGAUGCAAUGCAGUUCUCGUCAAUCUGUAAUGAUGAGCGUCUUGAUGCUGACAGUACGCGGGCUUACAUAGAAAACCAUGGACACAUUAUACGUGGGCAAUGUGUAAAAACCCUCUAGUGUCUUUGAACACAGAAGCACAGGAGUCUCGUUGAUAUUUGAAUCAUAGGUUGUGUCUAGAAGGUAACUAACAAGCUGCGAAACGCUCGCAAGAUGGUUAAGUUUAGGCAUUAACCUCGAAUGGUUAAGGUUGGGCAUUGACCUUGAAUUGUUAAGGUUUGGCAUUGAC